AUGCCUGAGGAAAAGAAAGAUCCCACAGUACAUUUCAUAGCAGGCGCUGUAUCAGCGCUCGUCUCUUGCGUGGCGUUACAACCUUUUGAUUUAAUUAAAACGAGAAUACAACAACAAAAGCAAAAUCACCUCCUCGUUAUCUCGAAAGACGGAAGGAGAUUAAAUCCAUUAAAUAGCACGAUUGUAUCAACUGUCAAAGAAAUCACUCGCAAAGAUUCCGUGCUUGGUUUAUGGCGAGGAACAGUACCAACUAUACUUCGAAAUGUUCCUGGACAAGGAUUAUAUUUCCUUACACUGUCAGAGAUUCGACGUUUGUUUAGUCAGAGACGUUCGAUAUCCUCUGCUAAAGUAAAAUCAGAUGAAUCUGUAUCGUUAUUGCCAGUAUUGUCAAAAAGGGAAAAUCUUAUUGCAGGAAUGACCGCGCGAGCUACUGUCGGUUUCAUAAUGAUGCCCAUCACAGUCGUUAAAGUUAGAUAUGAGAGUAAUAUCUAUAAUUACAAGAGUAUCUGGGAAGCACUAAUAUCGAUUGUACGAUUAUUCGCUGGAUAUGGUGCGACCGCAAUAAGAGACGCUCCACAAGCAGGAUUGUAUAUUCUGUUUUAUGAGAACGCAAAGACAAAGAUUGGAGAAUGGAAGACGACCAAUUCGUACUCUAUAGCAUCGCCCGUAAUACACAUGUCGUCCGCAAUAUUCGCCAGCGUUGCCGCAACAGUCACCACUCAACCGUUUGACAUGUUAAAGACGCGAAUGCAGUUGAAACCGUACAAAUACUCUAAUACCUGGCAAUCAGCACGUUUAGUGUUUAAGGAAGAAGGAAUCAUAGGCUUCUUUGACGGCCUGACCUUGCGACUGGCGAGAAAAACUAUUCAGUCAGCCAUUGUUUGGACAAUGUACGAGGAAAUAGUAAAACGAAUUUUGAAACUGAAUGAUAAUUAA